AUGAUGCUUCCGUGCCCCACGAUCAAAAGUAUUGACAGUGUCACUGUAGUUGUCCGUGCGCGAAAUAACGAGCAAACAGCGGAGAUGGCACCUUAUUAUUGCUUUGAUGAACAAUGUCUGUAUCCCACAUACACACAUGCAAUAUACAUGCAGACACACACGCACAUGUGUAUGGAUGUAGAUGCUUUACAGAGGUUAACUGAUUCCAGCGUAACUACGAAAGUGAUGUCCGGACUUGUAAGUGCGUGGUAUUGUGUCUGCAUAAGAUACACGGACGGACACGUGCGUACACGCUCAUACAUGUGCUUGUAUGGGAGUGCAAGGGAUAAGGCCUGGCCAUUUUGCUACUUGAAAAAUGUGAAAAGCCUACUCAUCCACAAAGCACUUCUCCUACCUUCAUUCUGUCGUCAUCUUUUCGUGCAACCUCGAGUAAUUCUUCCGUCACACUCUUUGUCCCUCUUCAAGUUGCUCACCCCUCCUCUCACCAUCUCUCUCCCUCUGCUUCUAAGUAGCUCUUCGCUUCUUUCAUCUCUUCUACUUGUCUAUGUACUUGCCAAUUAA